CUUGUUUGUACUGUACUUAGUGAUGUCACGAAUGUCAUCCGCCAUUGAAAUUCAUUUUAGCCGAGAAUUGAAAUAAGUUGUACCUUUCAUAAUCGGCAGAAAUCUAUUUAAUCUUUAAACCUUUACUUAAUCUAUUUAGCCAUAUUCCGUGCACAAACAAUAUAUCCGAUGGCAGACAGAGAUACAGAUGAGUUAAACAUCGAUAAUGUAAUUAAAAAAUUACUAAAAGUACGAGGCGAGAAGCCUGGUAUGAAUGUACAGUUGACAGAAAUUGAAAUCAAAGGGCUAUGCUUGAAAUCGCGGGAAAUAUUCCUCUCACAACCGAUAUUACUUGAAUUAGAAGCCCCGCUGAAGAUAUGCGGUGACAUUCACGGACAGUACUAUGACUUGUUAAGACUGUUUGAAUACGGAGGUUUCCCACCAGAAUCAAACUAUCUCUUCCUCGGAGACUACGUGGAUCGUGGUAAACAGUCCCUGGAAACAAUCUGCUUAUUGCUCGCGUACAAGAUAAAAUACCCCGAGAAUUUCUUCCUAUUAAGAGGCAACCAUGAGUGCGCUAGCAUCAAUAGGAUUUAUGGUUUCUACGACGAGUGCAAAAGAAGGUAUAACAUCAAGUUAUGGAAAACGUUCACAGACUGCUUCAACUGCUUACCGGUAGCGGCGAUUGUUGACGAGAAGAUCUUCUGCUGCCACGGCGGCCUCUCCCCCGACCUGCAGGCCAUGGAGCAGAUCCGGCGGAUCAUGAGACCGACCGACGUGCCGGACCAGGGUCUGCUGUGCGACCUGCUGUGGUCCGACCCGGACAAGGACACCGCCGGGUGGGGGGAGAACGACCGUGGGGUCAGCUUCACGUUUGGCACAGAGGUGGUCGGCAAGUUCCUGUCCAAACACGAGUUCGACCUGAUCUGCCGCGCCCACCAGGUGGUGGAGGACGGGUACGAGUUCUUCGCCAAGAGGCAGCUCGUCACGCUGUUCUCGGCGCCCAAUUACUGCGGCGAGUUCGACAACGCAGGCGCGCUGAUGUCGGUGGACGAGACGCUGAUGUGCUCGUUCCAGAUCCUGAAGCCGGCCGACAAGCGCAAGCUGUACUCGGGGCUCAACAUGGGCCGCCCCAACACGCCGCCGCGGGCGCAGCCCAAGAACAAGAAGAACUAAAGGUUAAUCGUCGCGCCAGAGUCGACACCACGGCGACUUGCAUGGAUUCCCCACUAAAAUACCACCUACAUUCACGGUACCGAUGUAUUUGCUGACGUUACGUACGCCAAAUUCCGCUCAAUAAAUCCACUUAUCGUGGAAAUAUCUUGCAUUUCGAGAGAAGCCCUCAUUUCUUGUGCCUUCUCUCAUUUAAUCAUUAGAUUGAUAAUUGACACAGUGAGAUGACAAUAUAUGUGCACAAACUCUGACCAGGGUAUGUUAAAAAUAGGCAUUACAGAUUUAAAUGUGUGUUAUAAUUAAACAUUAUAUAAACAGUUCGUUUUAAAAUUUCCUCGUCGUAAUUUCGUCAAAUACAUCGAUACGUUAAGCAUAACGUGGUCACGUCGCAGGCAGCGAUCCGCUUAGAACGCUUCCACGGUUUGAUUAAAGACGACGCGCGUCGCUUCCAUAUUAGCUUGGAGUUUGAGCUGCGAUAGUGGCAACACUGCGGUUAGAAACUACCAUGAAUAUGUCGAUCGAUUUGUCGGGCGACGAGUUGAAAUGUUUCACUUUUUGUUAUGUUUGCAAUUUCAAAAUUAGAGCUGGCUUAUUCUGGCAAAAGUUGAAUGAAUUAUUUUUUUGCCUUUUGUAAAAUGGUAAAUGUGACUGUUGGUAAAUAAAAGCAGUGUUGCCACUCUGCGGACGUGGUCCACAUUAGUAUGUACUAUUUCACUUUUGUAUAAUUUUUAAAUUAUGAAAUUUUAGCAAUCAAGUAUUAUUUUAACAGCGUUGUGUUGCCCGCUCUCUUUUUAAUUGGUCACAGUUUAUGAGAUUAAACCUUACGCUGUUCGCUCAAUAACAAUUGCUGGAACGAUUGUAUAUAACGUGGUACAAAAAUAUACAUUACGCCAGUCUAUUUAAGAUAACAUCUUGUCAUGUAAUUCAUGACUGUCCAUUUUCAUUUUAACCUUUUGGAAUGUAAUGUGAAAAAAAUAAUAUCUAUAUGAUCUCAAUUACACAUUUAAAUAGGGCUUAAUUUUGAAAAUCAAAUUAAGUUUCAACACAUCAGAGUCAUAAUAAUUAAUAAAUAUAUCAUGAUUGGUUUCAUAAGCCACAUUUUACCAACAAAUGAUUUUUAAAUUAAAAUUGUACAAUGGCGGCAGACAGCGAAGCGAACAGCGAAAAUUCUCAAUAAAAAAAUAUUCCUGUAUAAACAUAGUCUUUACUAGCGAACGUUGACGACGUUUUAGUCGCUCGUGUGUAGAGACCUUUAUUUAUAAAGUCGCCAUCAGUAGAAACUGCCAGUGUUGCUAGUAGUUUAUAUUUUUAUUAUUCGAAGUGACACAGACCACAAUUAAUGUAGACUGCGCAUGUCUUGGCGAUGAUAGAUCGCCUGAUAAAGUUUGCCAUCUCUGGGCCAAUGUUAUUAACAGUGUGAUUUCAAAUUUUUGUGGAUAUAUAAUGAAGAAUGUCAUGACCGCAUGUUUGGUACUCAACGUUCUGUGUUUGGUCGUCAAUGACAGUUGACAAAACAAUUGUCAACUAAAAGUCGAAACCCUCUCAGAUCGUGAAAUCGUCCAUCGAUCAAUUUCGUAACUUCGUGACUCUUCAAACCAUGACAUUGGCAGAAUCACCGUUAAUUUGGUGGAAGCCAUAAUAUAGAAAAUAAACUUUUUUUGAAACAUUUGUAAGUAUCGUUGUAAUCUUAGACAUUGGGAUUAUGAGAUAAUUUCUAACUCUACAUACAUGAGGUUAUUAAAUCAUUCAGUAAUCACACUUGCAAUUAUAUCAUUGGUUUUUAAAUCUGUAAUAUGCCAAUCGCAUUAAAUAUGAAAGUAUCGAAAGAUCAGACGUUCUUGUAUGGGCAAAAGUUAAGUUAAAGCCCCUUUCUAUUUUACAGUACUUAAAAUAAAUCUAAAUCUAAAAUGCGUAGUCUAUAACCAAUGUGGUCUGUGGUAAAUAGGGCAGUUUUAGUAUGAGUAUUGGCUCUGGAGAUACCCUUGGGCGUUUUAAAUGUGGACGAAUGGUGAUGUAUGCUGCAAAAUAUUGUAUGGUUGCCUCGCGUUCGCUUGUGUUGUGUUUAAUAUCCGACAGGAUGCGUGAACUGCGGCGUUUCACAUCGGCGACUGUACGAGAUUAGUAGCUAAGCCUUUAGAAAUUUACACGCACUUAGUUGAGAACUAUUAGGAUGAGCGAUAGAACAUUGUCUAAUUAUCGGUUUUAACGUGAUGUGAACUAACUUUACGCCUAGCUAUAGAAUCUUAGCUGUACUCUGUCAAAGUCGAAAUGACAAUUAAUGAAAUUUGCCUCCAUUUCUCUCGCUAGCUUAUAUUUGUGUCACCAUACUUACCUUUUUGACACAAUGAGUCGUUUUGCAAAAUACCAUGCAACAUAUGAAAAAGCGUAAAAAAAAUGCGAAAAAGAGAGAUGGAAAAUCAAUUUCGGCGUUGCCACGCCAACUGGAACAGAGUAUAGUCAAAAAUCGCUUAAAGACCUACAUUAUGAUGCGAUUUCCAAUCGUAACAAUGUAUUUGUUGAUUUAAUUGUUAUGUACGACUAACGCAUAGUUGCGUUGUUAAUAUUAUUUUAAAAUGUUAGGAGAGUCGCCGAUGUCACACGCCGCGUUUAAAAAUAUAUAUAUGACAUACAAAUUAUGUAAUGGAUUAUUGGAAGUAAUAAAACUCCCUUGUAAUAAGUAGUAAGAGUAAGUAUUGUGAGUGACAGUUAGAUUCAGUGCGUUUGUUAAGAGCAACGUUUUGUGUGGUAACGUUGAGUCAUGAUGUAACCAGCUUGCGAAUUGAUUUAUUGGCCGGCCCGUGGUUUGAACAUCGAGCAAUUUGUAAAACAUUGUUGGUAAUCCAUGUCAAUUAGAAAGAGUUGUAUACUUUUGACUUUUUGGGUUUUGGAAAACACAGACAAUAUUUUUUAUUUUUGGUUCUACCGUAGUGUGGAAGAUCCCCAUUUUUGAAGUCUUGUCUUUAAACUACAAUUUCAUUUUGUUUAAUAUUCACUGUAAUAAUGUAAUGUAUGUAUCGUAACAUAAAUGAUUUCUCAUUGAGCUGAGAAGGCCUAAAAGAAUAGCGAUUGUGGGGAUAAAUGUAAAGAAAUAUGCGGAAAAAUAAAUGUUUAGGCAUGAAUGAAUUUUUAAGGAAAAGCAAAAUUAAUUAAAAUAUUCGCUUAAUUUGUCAUAACUAUACACCGAAGCUGUCUCGAAUUUAAAGCAUUCAAUAUAUAAAAUGUAGCAGUGCUACCAUCUAUCAAGAAAAAUAAAUUCUGUAUUUUAAAAUGCAUGAAAGCUUUCAAGUUUCGAACGUCACAAUACUAGCAGUGACACUAAGCGAAAAAAUUUAAUACAAAUUCUCUACUUAUUUUAAAAUGACAUCAAACAUUUCAAAUUUCGAACGUCGCAUUACCAACAGUGUUGCCGUAACAAAAAAUACCCGGGUCGCCAUACUCGCGUGAGCCGGUACAUUGCAACACAUUAUUUGCGCUAGCCUGGACUGACGUGCAUGGCCUGAGCCUUCAGUUAAAUCAGUGAUUAAUUGAUGUAUGAACAAGAGAAUUGUAUAUUAAUUUCGUAAAUAAAAUUCUUUCUGAAAA